AAUCUGUUAUAAUUUCAUAUAAAACCACACCACAAUGUCUUUAAAUACGAGGUGUUAGAGAAUAGGUGCGGAUGGAGAAAGACCUGACGGACGUGCCAUUUCGGCUGAGGUACCACCGCGUGAUGGAGAUGAUCGACGAGGCCCUGGACAGCGUGCACAUCACGCAGAAGCAGAUCCUCAAGGGCUCGGGCCUGGGCGAGGGCAAAGCGAACCCGAUCAAGUGGGGAGGCGGGGACAACGCGUCGGGGCCCUCAAGCUCACGUCGUUCAAUAGUUGAGCAGCUUUUGCUGCGAAUGGGCAGUGAUGGAACAAUUAAAAAGCAUUAA